UUCGAGAAGGAGGAGAAAAGAGCGAAAGCGUACUUGGCCGCAGAUCGACACGGACGCCGGCAGAGGUUUCAUAGGUUACUCACGCAGCGCGUGCACGAGGUUUUACUCUGUGUUUCUUGCUUCUGUAAAACAUAUUUUAAUUAUGGCUGCUGCAGCUGCUGUUAAAAGGCUUAUUCCUCUGUUUGACAGAGUACUCAUACAGCGAGCAGAAGCUGUCACUAAAACCAAGGGAGGGAUUGUUAUUCCUGAGAAAGCACAAGGCAAAGUUUUGCGAGGAACUGUUGUAGCGAUAGGACCAGGACAAAGAAAUGAUAAAGGAGAACACAUUCCACCAAGUAUCAAGGUUGGAGAUACUGUUCUACUUCCUGAAUAUGGUGGAACCAAAGUAGAGCUUGAAGAAAACAAAGAAUAUCAUUUGUUCCGUGAAUCAGAUAUCUUGGCUAAAUUGGAAGCUUAAGACACUUUAGUUUGUCAUAGGUUAAUUAUUGUGAUUGUCAUGAACCGAAUGUGUAUCUGACGAAAAUUAUGAAGUCAAAUGUCAUUGCAUAAAUGGACUGUUAAGCCUGUACUGUCUUACAGACACUUGUUACUUGAAUUACGUUUUUUUAAAGUCUGUUAGCAUUUAGGUAUCAUUGUUUCAUACUUAUUCCACUUAAUAAAGAAUUUAUUCAUUCUAAGAA